UUAAUGGCCAUUGUAAUCUUAUCCCGAGGACGGUGUGGACUCUCAAGAUGCAUCACUCGUUACCUCGUAGCAACAGCCGUGGCUGAUUUCCUUGCCAUCAUCAUCGGCUGCAUCCUCAACCGGAUCAGCGGCAAUUAUAUUCGGUACAGUGUCUUGUCCACUACCCCUUUAUGCUCUCUCAGCCUCGUGCUGAUCCGAUGCACCCGGGAUGUUUCAGUUUGGCUAACAGCCGCCUUCACCUUUGACCGUUUUGUGGCCAUUUGCUGUCAGAGCCGAAAGACCAGAUACUGCACUGAGAAAACUGCAUCGCUGGUCACAGGAAUAGUUUAUACACUGAGCUGCGUCAAGAAUGUCCCUUUCUACUUCAUUUUUGAGCCCUUGUACAUUCUGGAUGGGAUGUCUUGGUUCUGUGACAUCAAGAUCACGUUUUAUACCUGGCUGGUUUGGCAGGUCUACCACUGGCUAGAUCGCAUCUUAACCCCAUUCCUUCCGUUCCUCCUCAUUCUUCUGCUCAACGUCCUAACAAUCAGAUACAUCCUAGUAGCCAGCAAAGUGCGUCAGAGGCUCCGGGGUGCCAACAAUCGUGGAGACCUGGAAAUGGAAAACCGCAAGAGGUCUAUUGUUCUCCUCUUUGCUAUCUCGCUCAGCUUCCUCCUCCUGUGGAUCACUUAUGUCGGACACUUCCUCUAUUUGCAAGUUACAGGUCAGGGUUACUACAGUGGCCUGGAUUUCAAUGACUCACGUUUCAUCCUUCAAGAAUCAGCGAACAUGUUCCAGUUACUCAAUUCCUGCAACAACGUAUUCAUCUAUGUAAUAUCUCAGAACAAAUUUCGACAAGAACUGAAGAAGUUGCUGUUGAGCCCCUUCAUAUUCUCCUAUAGUUGCUUUAAACAGUGA